CUCGACCAUAACACUUUCGUUGCAAACCCGCGCGAAAUUCCCGAUACAGCGAAGCACCCCGAAGGAUUAUUGUGAUUGUGAUAUAGUCCUGCAAAUAAACAACUUUUACUUUGUAGUGUGUCUAAAACAGCAAAAUCACGUGUGCUGCAGUUAUCUAUUGCCGUCUGCAAAUGAAUUUCGCAAGGACACGAGCCAAAAAGUUGAUUGUUCAUUUUUGUGUAAAUUUUAACCGAGUGCAUGUGAUACAGAAAGCCAUGUUGCGACUAAGUAGGAUUUUAUCUGAAAUUACAGUGAUUUUACGCUGCCCAAUCUCGUGGAUGCUAGUGAUCUGUGCCUGUAUAUUAGGGUUACAGUGUUUGCCUCUAAAUCAUCUUGAGCAACCACUUUUCGAUAAUGCCUCCCUCUGGCAGAAUCCGUGCAACGUUCGGAGCUACCACGAGUCGAACACUAACAAAACAAAAGCCAUUUCGCCGAAAGAAAGAGUAGAGUUUUUAAAUCGGAUAAAAGAAUCAAUCACUCGCACUAUGCAAGAAAUCAACCAAAUAACAGAUAAUCACGAGAACACAGACUGGAAUACAGCUCAAAAUGAGAAUAGGUUUAAUAAAUUCCUGAAAACAUACAAAAAGAAUCAGACUACGUGGGAGCGACAUGUACAAAUUUACUUAGCAUCAAUUGAAGUAAUCUAUAAGAUGCAGGUAGAAAUCGAAAAGCCAGCAAAUUCCAACAACGAACAGUCCAGUCAGUUAAAAGUACUGCGAGGUAAAACAAGAAAUUUGCUAUGUGAUAUACAGGAAUACAGAAACAAUUCGAAAAAUCGCAUGGACAAGCCACGCUCCGGAAUUUCAGCUCAACAAAUGAACGAUAAAAUUGAUUUCUACAUGACUGGAGACUUGACGAUCAAUAUGGAUCUAAAUAAACAUUUCCUAAAAUGUCGUUUCCAAUGCUUCUUGAAAAAUAUGGAACAUCAUGUGAACCUUUUAAUUGAAAAGCUGAAGAAAGACGGACCGAUACGAAAGGUUCGCACUACAAAAAAUCCAAGUAAGAAACCGAAAAAGGGACACAACAGAAGGAACAAGCUCAAGAAUAAAUGCUGCAUUGUAAAUAAUAUGCCAACAACUCCGACCACGCCCAGACAACCGGUGAAUGGUGUACACAAAGUCAACAAUAAAAAGAAACUUAAUGCAAGCCAACAGUCAAAAUUAAUUAAGUCAAGCCCGAAGAAAGUUCAACGCAAAGGCAAUAAAAAAUUAGUUCAGUAAUUUCAGAAGGUGGUUCUCUUGCAGAAGAAUUCAUCUGUCGUAAAGAUUAGAUUAGCAAGCAGCGUGUGAAAUAAUUU